AUGGCGAGUAGCGAUGCCCUGCAACUCUUGAAAUCCUCAAUCGCAACCUCUAGACCUCCCAUUCCCACAACAUCCUCAGACCCAUCCACAGCAGAAGACAAUAGAACCGAAUCUCUCGCUGAUGCUACCCAUCUCUACUUCACAUACCCUUCGGCUCAAUGCCUGCCCUUGGAUACGAAAACCAGGUUUACGUCACAAAACCCUGACACCACGCAAGUCGACUUGCGGAGCAUUUUUUUCGCAUGGCUACAGAAGGAUGUCACCGUGUCUGAGUACUUUGCGUCGGCAGGAGAGUUGGACAAAAAGCUACCCGAGGGACAGAAAAUACGAUGCUUGAUCUUCGUGGAACGUCUGGAUCUCAUUACAUGGCUCGAAGGCGCAUCUGAUGAAAGUGAACAUAUUAAGCCUAUAGAGGGCACAGCUGCCGGUACAGUGGAGGCCGCCGACAGAGCAGCUGAUGUCGCAGGUGGCACGGCGGUCCCGACGGUCGGUGGCUCAGGCGUGGGUGUCACGCAGACGGCGGGCGGGCGGCCUGUCAAGGUCAUCGAUGCGCGGUUGCAGGCAAUAUAUAACGGGGAGAGACGAAUUGGUGACCAUAAUAGUGUCUUGAGGGGUGUGAAGCCCACGGAUUUUUCUCACGUUCGCAAGCACGCAGAGACAUUCCUUGGACGGCGGAAAGGCAUGGCUCCUUCGGGAAAGCCUGGGCAGGGAGGCAGACCGGCGCAGUUGGCGAGUCGACCUGCCACGGGACCUUCGAAGCCUAUUCCGUCUGCUGUAUCAUCGAAGCGGUCCGACCCAAUCAUCCUUCUCUCGCCAUCUGCCUCGUCUUUGCUAAGAAUGUCCAAUAUCAAGACGUUUCUCGACACAGGAUUGUAUGUACCUCCGGACCACCCAACUCUAUCCACGCAGACGACAGCGAACUUGCUGCACAUUACGAGGACCCUACAUUCGCUGAGCGAGAAGCCAUUCCGCUUUAUUCUUGUCGAUUCGCCCGAGCACUUCAAGCCAGAUUAUUGGAGUCGAGUUGUCGCUGUGUUCACCACAGGCCAGGUGUGGCAAUUUCGAGGAUAUAAGUGGCGGACCCCGCAGGAAUUGUUCGGCCAUGUUGUGGGCGUGUACGUAGGUGAGAAAGGCUUACCAAUCCCGGCAGAGGUGAAAGGCUGGGGUAGUAGCGUCAAGACCUUUACAGUGGAACGAUGGGACGAACGAGCCCACGGGGGGGACGUCGACCAGGAAACGCGAGUCUCGAGGAGAUGGAGAGAUAGAGAAACAGUUGAGGAGGUCUGGAGGGCCAUCGAAGCCUAUAUGAGAGGUCGGGGAGAAUGGAGAAGAUGA